AUGGCAACAUCCGCAUCAGCCGUCACACCCAAGGAGGAACCAAGAAUAGGAAAGGAUCCGAAAGUGCCCAAUAAUAAGAUUCUGCAAAUUCCCAUUGGAUCGCUUUCACCAGAGCAAUGGCAGGCUGCUGUCACUACUCAAGAAGAUCCAACCACUCACUACUCGUUUCCACUGCUAGGACGUCUCGUCCAGGAAUACCAACACAAUCCACAAUUCGCAGGAUCCCAAAAACAUCUCACCGAUUUGCAGACCAUGCUGAGGCACGUCAGUCUGAGUUGGGAACAGAAAUGGGCCAACCAAUCAAGACAAACAUCAUCAUCUUCUUCUUUGUGGACUCCGGACAAGGUCCUGUCCUUUCUGCAAGACUGUGAACGAGACCUUCCAGAGCUUGCACCCGACUUACGCACCUACAAUGCCAUUAUGAAUGGAUGGUUGGCUCAAACUACAAUAUCAACCACAAACAACCUUGCUCCACAGCAGUGCGUCAAACGGGUAGAACAGUUGAUGCCGUUUCUGUGGGAACGAUUUCCACAACAGCUCGAUACCCGAACCUAUGAGAUUAUCAUACAAAUAUACAGCCGUGCCGGACGCUUUCCGCAGAUUUGCAAUGUCUUGGAUCAAAUACUGCAACUGCACAGCAACAAAAACAAAAAGAAGACACCAGUUCCACUUCGGUUCCAGCAACCCGUCUUUGAUCAGACGCUGAUGGACUGUGUCAACGGAGGCCAUCGCCGUGCCGGAUUCACGGCCGAAACCAUUCUCGAAAAAUUCAAUCACAUGUAUCACGCCGGAUUGCUGGGAUUCCGCCCGCACGUUGCGACCAGCUACACCAUGGUCAUUAUGGCAUGGGCCAAGUCGGGACAUCCCGAGGCGGGAAACAGGGCCAUGGCAAUCUUGGACGAAUUGACGCGGCGUAGUGCGAGUGAUCCCAUCAUGACACCCUCCGCGCACACGUACAGUGCCGCGCUGCAUGCCUGGGCCAGAUUGGGAAAUGCCAAUCAAGCCGACGAAUUGUUGGAUCGAAUGUUUCAAGUAUACGACGACCACAACAACAAGAACCACAACAACAAGAAGAAGGCCAUAAAACCAGAACUGAUCAGUUUCAAUAACGUGUUGGAUGCCUAUGCCAAAUCCGGACUGAAAGACGCGGGUAUCCGAUCGGAACGGCGGCUACGGCAAAUGUGGGACUUACACGACCAGGGAAUUUUGGACAAUAUCAAACCGGACUGUGGCAGCUAUAAUUGUGCCAUUACCGCAUGGGCCAACUCGGGCCAUCCCGAUGCCGGUGAACGGGCGGAACUGCUGUUUGAGGAAGCAAUCCAACGAUCGGCGACAGAUAGCACGCUUCGACCAGACAUUAUGCAAUACACCAGCCUCAUCAAUGCACUCGUCAAAACCAAAAAGUUGGAUCGAGCGACGAUGGUUCUGGGAAGAAUGUGUGCCGACUACCAGAAUGGGAGGGAAGAUUUGGUGCCCAGUGUGAUUCCAUUCAAUGCGGUGUUGCAUGGGUUUGCGCAGGUCGAAGGGAGAGAUGCGGGCCACAAAGCAGAAGCGUUUUUGAGAAAAAUGCAGCACUCCAAUUUCGCGUCGGUUGCGCCAGAUAUGAUUAGCUACAGCAGUGUCAUUGAUGCUUGGGCCAAGUCUGGCCACCCCCAGGCAGGCAUCAAGGCAGAAGCGCUCCUCAAUGAAUUGGAAACGAAAGCUAGCACCGAUCCUGCCAUGAGACCAGAUAUUGAGAUAUUCUGCGCGGUGAUUGAUGCAUGGGCCAAGUCUGGACAUAAGGCUGCCGGCUACAAGGCCGAUCACUUUUUGAGGAUGGUGGAAACUCGGCACGAGCAGAAUCUUUCCAAACGUCCCAGUAUGCGAUUGUACACGUGUGUGGUUGAUGCUUGGGCAAAGUCAAGCCAACGCGAUGCCGGGGCAAGAGCCGAACGCAUAUUGAGGGAGCUGGAGGAAAAGUCUGCCGGCAAUCCAGACCUAAUGCCCACUGUGAUGAUGUAUAACUCGACAAUGAACGCAUGGGCAAGAUCUGGGCAAAAUAAUGCUGGAUUCAAAGCUGAAGAGCUAUUGAUGGAAAUGAUCAACAAGUCAAAGCAGAGACCCAACCUCAAACCCAAUCUUCAUGCAUAUACCUCUGCAAUUGAUGCAUGGGCAAAGUCAGGAAAUGUCAAUGCGGGAGAGAAAGCCAACAGCAUUUUGAACGCUUUAAUUGCUGAAUCGAGACACGACUUUGAUUUACUUCCGACCGCCGAAGUGUAUACCUCCGCUAUUGAUGCGUGGGCAAGAAUGGUGCAAGCCAAUUCCGGCGAGAGAGCAGAAGAGCUACUUCGGCAAUUUGAGACAAUGACACUGGAUCACCCAGAAUUGGCAAACACCACGGCAAUUGACUCAUUGUACAACUCUGCGAUCAAUGCCUGGGCAAAGUCUGGGGAUCCAAAUGCAGGAGAUAAGGCAGAGGAGCUUCUGAACGAGCUGGAAGCCAAAUCCAGAAGCAACCCAAGGUCGAGGAUGCGACCAGGCGUGGAAGUGUACACGUCUACAGUGAAUGCCUGGGCAAGAUCUGGUUUGGAGAUUUCCGGUGAAAAGGCAGAGAAGCUCUUGCUUCACAUGGAAGCCAAGUCAAAACAGAAUCCCAGAAUACAGCCAAACAUCAGAACCUACACCGCCGCGCUCAAUGCCUGGGCGAGGUCAGGUCAUCCGGAGGCUGGAACUAGGGCAGAGAAGCUCUUACGGAGGCUGGUGACAAACUCUCAAAAUGGCCAGCCGAUAGCACUCAAAGCAGCAGUGUACAACUCCGUGAUCAAUGCAUGGGCCAAACAAGGCAACGCAGAGAGAUGCGAAGCUCUUCUAGAAGAGAUGGUUUUUGGCGGUACAACGCCGCCUGACGUGAUUUCGUUUGGAGCGGUGCUGGAUGGGCUAGCCAGGUCAGGCAAUGCCAACGCUGGGGAGAAGGCCGACAAAUGUCUCGACAUGAUGAUGACACUCCACAGCCAAGGUGUACCGAAUGUGAAACCCAACGUUGUCUGCUAUAAAAUGGCUCGUCGGUGUUGGCAACAGAGCACAAACAGUGCCUACGCAAGGAGACGUAUCGUAGAGUUGAACAACAUCAUGGGGCAGAAUCAAGGUGCUCGUGUCCAGCGGUGAAGAAAAUCCUGAUUGAAUGAUUCAAUCAUUCCUUCACGAAUUUGUUGAAGGGCGACGGCGACAAAAUGGCUUUCAGAGAGGUCACGCAACUUUUGGGAUGGCGCGGAGAUCCUUUUGCUUGCAGAGGCAGGCAGAACGAUACUGUAGCUAGCUUUUUCGAAGCAAGGCCAGUUGAAUUUCGGGAGGCGCGUGCUGCACCCCAAACACCGCGAAGAGGGAGGACCGAGGGUCCGUAAGGGCGUUGACACUGGUAAUGACGAAGCCAGUGAUACCGGUAGCUUCUGAUUCGUUUCCUAGCGUGCGCUGAACAAAAGCAACCAGACAUUGCCUUUCUUUUAAAAUAAGUGCCGGCACUACUGGCCGCUAUGAAGCUCUCUACGAAACAGCAGCAACUGUGUAUCGGGAUGGUGAAGGCCCGAUCCGAAAAGGGUAUCAUAGUAGUUACUACACUGGUAAUGACGAGUGCAGUGGUACCGGUAAUGCAUGCAUGCAUGCAUACAUACCGUGCAGGUACAGUACCGGCGUGAAUGGUAACGGCGUCUAAACUCGGUACCGGUACUGCUGACUCAGGGGAAGUGCUGUUUUCUAUCGCUUGGUACCGGUGCUGUACAUCUGCUAAAAGGACUCGUCACUCCAUCGUCGACCACCACACACCACGGCUACUGUACCGGUACCACCGCAUGAAUUAUUGCUCUAUUGCUUCAGUAAGAUAAUAUGUGCGAAGACUUUCUUCUCCGAGCUUUUCUUCGCCGAUAAAUCCUAAUGGACCAGCCAUGCAUAGAGUUUCAGUUGCUUCAACGCGAAGUACACUAAGUCUUACAUGUAUUGCUUCCGAACACAGAAAUCACACUUUCUUCGCGGAGACAACAAUAAUUAUGAUUUACUCCGCUUUUAUUAUACUCCUCGUAGAAAACCAUCACAACUAAAUCCGAGUUGUGAAAGAAGCACGCACAGCUACAAAAACAACGGAAAGUGAGUCCUGUCAAGACUGAGAUGCUGUAAUUUUAAUUAUUUUUAAAAUUAGUAGACUUUAAUUUCAAAUUGAGCCCACCAGGCG